AUGCCUAAUCAAGGCAUUCCUCCUCCGAAAACAUCGGGGGCGAAGCGCAAAAGGCUGUCCGCCAGAGAGUCUCUAGAUACGGAGCUCAGCGACUCCAGCAUGAGCAGAACCGAUCCCGCUACAGAUUCGGAGAAGACCAAACUUACUUCGAAGAGCCCGUCCCAAGGCAAAGCAAAAAAAGAGCGGAAACAAGACGAAGAAGCACCACCUUGGCCAGCACUCUUUGUAUCGCUGGAUAGAACUCACCGGGCUUUAAACCUAGUCUUCACCUUUUGCUCUACGAGAAAACAUUUUACUACAACAUUUGCAGCCAUCAGACCGGCGGUUGAAUCUCACAUCAAACGCAAGCUAUCUAUCGAAGAAGUAGCAAAAAUCGUUGCAGUGCGUCCCGAAGGAAUCAACUUUAGCUUUGUGGACAAGUCUACGCUUGAGCUCGAUAUAAAGUUAGAGCGCAAGGAUGACUCCUUCAAACUUUUUGGUAACAGAAAAGAGCCGCAAAUGUCUCCUGAUGCAUCUGUUGGCGGCUGGACUGGCGUGGAGGCCCUCGGCGCUUCCGCGGCGGACGACCACGAGGUUCUUUUCUUUGAGUUUAUUGACGGCGAUUUGAAGAGGCAGGUUCCCGAUAAGAAGACGGGCGAGCCCACUAACCCUCAACGGAGACUGCGGGAUGAGAAGCUUCAGAUGCCCGUCUUUGGCCAGGGCCAGAUGACGAAGCUCAUUGAGCGGCGAAACCAGCGAUUUACGAGUGCCGUCAACGCUUUUUUGAAAAAGUGCGUGGAUGACAAAUUGGACCCGUGCAUGGCAUUGGAGGGCUUGGCCGAGUCGUACGUGCCCAAACCGAGUGAGCAGGACGAGGAUAGUGAUAUUGCUGUCAGCACAAUUCCUGCCACUAUCCCAAAGGACCGGAAACCCAUACCGGAAAUUGUGAAAGAAAUCCGGGACAGUGCAUGGUAUACUGGUCAAAUUGUGCCUGAUGGCCACAGAGUGUUUGAUUCACAAGAACCGGUUCAUGGAGACCUGGCAUUUCUGCUUUCCCAGAACCUCGUCAAUGCCAUAUACAACGCCAAAGGCAUCGCUUCCUUUUAUGCCCACCAGGCUGAGGCAUUGAAUGCCUUGCAUGAGGGCAAGAACGUGGUCGUCGCCACGUCUACGAGUUCUGGCAAGUCGUUGAUCUACCAGCUACCUGUGCUGUACGCUCUGGAACAAGACUUUGAGUCGCGAGCCAUGUACAUCUUUCCCACCAAAGCUUUGGCGCAGGAUCAGCGACGCAGCUUGAAGGAUAUGAUGGCAUACAUGCCCGGCCUCGAGGGCACCGUAGUGGAAACAUUUGAUGGCGACACGCCGUUCACCGCGAGAAACGCUAUUCGUGAACAAGCAAGAAUCAUUUUCACAAACCCUGACAUGCUGCAUGUUACUAUACUGCCCCAAGAAGAGAAGUGGCGGUCAUUCCUAAAGAACUUGCAAUAUGUUGUCGUGGAUGAAUUGCACUACUACAACGGACAGUUGGGGUCACAUGUUGCUUUUAUUAUGCGACGCCUGAGGCGAAUAUGCGCGGCCAUUGGAAACCGAAGUGUUCAAUUCAUAUCAUGCUCUGCUACUGUAGCAAACCCAACCGAACACUUCAAGGCCAUCUUUGGCAUUGACAAUGUCAAGCUGAUUGACUUUGACGGGUCUCCCUCUGGCAGGAAAGAAUUUUUGUGCUGGAACACGCCAUACAAAGACCCGGGAGAUCCUGCGAGUGGCAGAGGCAGUGCAAAAUUCGAAUGCGCACGGCUGUUCUGCGAGCUGCUGCUCAGGGGCGUACGCAUCAUUGCGUUUUGCCGAGUUCGCAACCAGUGCGAGGUGUUGGUUAACGCGAUACGACAGGAACUGGAGAAUAGAGGCCGAGGCGACUGCGUAAAUCUGGUGAUGGGCUAUCGAGGCGGAUAUACAGCAGAGGAUCGACGCAAGAUUGAGUCGGAAAUGUUUGCGGGACGACUGCUAGGGAUCGUCUCAACAACAGCACUGGAGCUGGGCAUCGAUAUUGGGACGCUAGACUGUGUCUUGACAUGGGGAUUUCCUUAUACCAUUGCCAAUCUGCGGCAGCAGAGCGGGCGUGCCGGGCGAAGAAACAAAGACUCGCUGUCUAUAUUGCUAGGUGACUGCUUUCCUACGGAUCAACAUUAUAUGCAGAAUCCGGAGGAGCUAUUUUCCAAACCUACGGCAGAGCUGCGGCUGGACCUGGACAAUAUGCUGGUGCGCGAAGGUCACAUACAAUGUGCGGCUUUUGAAAUGCCGAUCCGACCAGAGUAUGACACCAAGUACUUUGGCCGGGAUCUGGCGCAGAUUUGCGAGGAGCGACUUGUCGCGGAUGACAUGGGCUACUAUCACUGUCACGAUCGUUUCCGACCAAAGCCGUCCAAGUUUGUGGCCAUUCGAGAUACGGAGGAUGAACACUUUGCCGUGAUUGAUAUCACGCAUGGAAGAAAUGUCGUUUUGGAAGAACUGGAGGCAUCCCGCGCGACGUUUACGAUAUACGAUGGCGGCAUAUUUCUUCAUCAAGGUCGGACGUACCUCGUGCGCGACUUCUUACCGGACAGACGCAUGGCAAAGGUGGAACGAGUCAAGGUGGACUGGUUGACAUCUCAGCGCGAUUAUACGAACAUUGACCCUGUCGAGACAGAGGCGAUUCGUGACAUUGGCUCCUCUGGGACGCUGGCGUACCAUGGUACCAUCAAAAUUCUACAAAAGGUGUUUGGGUUCUUCAAGAUAGACUCCAAAGGGCGAGUGCUCGACGCUGUUCAGGUGGACAAUCGGCCCAUUAUUCGAUACACAAAGGGGAUGUGGCUCGACAUUCCCAAAUCUGCGCUUGAUAUCCUGAACAGCCAUGGAAUUAAUGCGGCGGCUUCCAUCCAUGCCGCGCAGCACUGUGUGAUGAGCCUACUGCCAACAUUUGUCAUUAGCGCUCCAGAAGAUGUGCGAACCGAGUGCAAAGUGGCGCUCAAGGAGUUCGCCACGGAAGAAACGGCAAGAAAGCGGCCUGGGCGGUUGACCUUUUACGAUGCCAAGGGCGGCGCCCACGGGUCGGGCAUCAGCACCAAGGCGUUUGAGCACAUUGACCACCUGCUGCAGCUCGCGUUGCAGCGUGUUGAGUCGUGCCGGUGCAUGCACGGCUGCAUCGAGUGCGUCGCGUCGGAGCUGUGCAAAGACUCGGGUGAGGUGAUGAGCAAAGCGGGCUCGCGCGUGAUUCUCCAGGUCCUGCUCGGCAUCGAGGUGGACGUGGAUGCUCUGGGGCAGCAGGGCCAGGAGCUUGUACCCGCAGGCAUUGAGACGGUCGUUGUGGCUCAGCCGGUGCCCAUGAGGCGACGUAGAAGCAGCCAACACGAGCCGAUGCAGCGGCAGGGACAAGAGAGACGGUGGACAGAAAAUGAUGAGGGGCAGAUGGGUGGCUUUGAACGAGGCUAG